AUGUCGCGGGUCACCAAUAUGUUCUCCCGCACUGAUCAAUAUCAGGAGCAUUCUGACCUGUUCAAUGACAGCGAGUCCUGGUCUAUCCCGGAUGACAGGAAGCACUCAGCCGCCGAGCGGCCCUUGGAUCCCUGGAGCCGAGACGAGGUGGCGCAAGUCAAAGCAAUGCUUGACAGUGAAAUUCGCCGGGAAAAACCGUCCGGAGAGGUCUCGGAUAACUUCCUGCGGCAGCAGUCUCAAGACCGCGCUGAGAAGAAGCGCAAUCGCCGUCGCGAUGAUGUAGGUGCUGCCUUCGAUUUUCCGCAGGAUUGGCUGACCCCUACGGCGAGUCCAGCCCAGAGGCCGGCUGAGCCGGCCGACGUUUGGGCGUCUGUCGGGACCUCCACAUCGCCGCAGUGGCCAGCGGCGCAACCGAAGGAGUUGAAGCUGCCGACUCCAAAGGAUCGCUCCGGACCGGGCAGGACGCGGGCCAGCACAGACGUUCCCACCACUCGCAGGCAGGCUGCGCCGGCUGCGCCCGCGCCCGUCCAGUUCGACGAGGCCAUUCUGGCUGCGCUGGCUGCUUUGCCAUCCCAGUCGUUGGUGGACGUGCUCCAGCGACUUUCCGAGAAGCGACCUGAAGAGGUGGCACUUGCCAUGGGAAACACGGUGCCGGGCAGCCGCAAGGCCAUGGUUUCUUUUUCAAAGUUGUACGCACCAGUCGUGGCUGAGUAUCUGACCCAUGCGGUGCAACACCACGCUAGGUGGUGGUAG